AUGCGUACUUCGACCUUUUUGCUUCCUGUUCUUUCCCUGGCGCCCAGCGCGUUUGCGUGGGGUGCUCUAGGUCACCGCACUGUUGCUGUCGUGGCUCAAAACUACCUGUCUUCUGCGACUAAAACAUGGGUCUCCAAUAUCCUGGGCGAUACUUUGGUCAAUGUUGCUACCUGGGCGGACGACUACCGUUACACAACUGCUGGAGCCUUCAGUGCGAGCUACCAUUAUAUUGAUGCCCAAGACAAUCCGCCUACGAGUUGCAGCGUUAGUUAUUCGAGGGAUUGUGGCAAUGCUUGUAUUGUAAGCGCCAUUACGAAUUACACUUCUCGGGUGCAAUCCUCUUCAUUAUCAACUUCAGAACGUGCCAUUGCACUCAAGUUUAUUGUUCAUUUACUGGGAGAUAUUACCCAGCCCCUACAUGAUGAGAACAAAGCCACAGGCGGUAACGGCAUUUCUGUCCUUUGGAACGGUGCAACCACAAACUUGCACUCGGUCUGGGACUCGUCCAUCGCGGAGAAAUAUGUGGGCGGCAAUACGGUUGCCUACGCUACCACCUGGGGUAAUCAGAUCAUCACCAAAUUAGCGGCUGGUGGCGCAUACGCUAGCUCCAAGGCAUCCUGGUUAUCUUGCGUCAACCCGUCAACUGCCCAAACCUGUGCAUUGACUUGGGCAGCGGAUGGAAACGCUCUUGUGUGUUCUUAUGUGCUCAAAACUGAUCCGACCGGAAAAGAGCUAUCCGGAACUUACUAUACCGGCGCAUACCCGUUGGUCGAGCAGCAGAUUGCCAAGGGUGGUGUCCGCUUGGCCGCAUAUUUGAACACUAUUGUUACCGGCAGUUCCGGUUUCUAA